CAAAGCUCCCUGGGCGGGGCGGACAAGGCGAAGGACAGGCAUGGUCGGCUGUCGGCUGUGUGUCUGGUCGUCUGUCUGGUCGGCUGUUCGUCUCUGCUGUCUGUCUGCUGUACCGUGAUGGUAUCAAUUGAGACUCGCCUUGACUGCUCGAUGUUGGCUCUUCUAUCAAAUGAAUCUCAGCGCAUUAAAAAAACCGAUGGCAGCGAAGUUGUUUCUCUUCCCGCUUUGGGUGAAAGGUGGGCAACUCGGCUGGCGUCGGCCUAAAGCAGGUCAUGUGAUAGUUUAGUCAGAUAUUAGUAAAUUUCAGAUUAUGUAAUUUGCCAAGAGAGUCAAACCUUCCCGCUAGUAAAAGUCAAGAUAUAGGUAUGCCAAGAAUUUGGCUAGCCAAUAAAGUUUAAGGUUUGCGGGGACCAAUCGCAUGAUUUAUACCUGCGGCCGGUCAUUGUAUUUUGAAUUAUCACAAGCUCCCUGAUUCUCUGAUCGACUCUAUUCCAUGGCGGAGUUCCAGCUAGGUGAAUAAUAACAUAUGGUUCUCCAUAUAGGUGGCAUAGAACUGUGAUUCUAUGGGGCGUCUUCGUAUGUUGCCGACAAACUGAAGAACAAGGAUGUAGAUUUAGUUUCACCAAGCAGCUAGUUAAAUAACCCGCUCUCUAAUUAAAGGGUAUAUAAGUAAGACCGGUCUGAAAGCUCUUAUCAACUAUAUUGUUGAGACCGAAGUUCACAUUAUUGGUGCUGGUAGAACACCCACCCGACAGACAAGAAAAGGCGCCUAGCAACAUAUAAGCGCUGACUACGCUACAAUUUGCGGGGAAAAAGCGCCUUGGUCGACUUGGCACAGGUUUUCAAUUAUCAGACGAAUUUAGCGCGGGAUUUAACUACUUACUUGAAGCACGGCUCGUUUGUGCUUUUUAUCUGCGCGACAAGGUUAUCCUGGUGUAACAAUCUCCUUGUAUGGUUCGGUUUACUUAUGUGGAUCUUCUAGGAAAGUGGCCGCACUCGCUCAGCUAUAUUUCAUCAAUGUACGGAAUACGAAGUAUAUUUCAAAGCACAUACUGCAUACUGCAUAUUACAAGUUUGACAAGGUAGUUUUCUUUGAUUCAAGGUUUGACUCUCAUGCUAGGUCAAUAUAGUGAUUCGAAGUAAGGCUACCCUCUUCCAACACAUAACGAAGAGUAUAUUUUAUACCCCUUUUGGAAUUUGAUGUAUUGGGAGGUAUGUUUGGGUAAAAUGGAUGGUUGCUGACAAGAAAAUUUCCUUCAACUCUGGGCUUCUCUUGGAGAUGAUAAGCUUCUUGCAAGGCGUACUAUGCAACGAAAUAUGUGAGUUAGCUAUUCUUGUUGGUUUCCUUAUUAGCCUUUUACAAGCUAGACCGUCCCAUGAAUCAUGUUUAUUGAGCGAUGUAGAAAGCCCUUCAAAUUGGCUCAUUUCAUAGCGUGUCAUUUAGUCAGUUAUCCAGUGGUUAGACAGCAGGUAGUUAGCAUGCCCGAAUCUGUACUUCGAAGCCGCGCUUUACAUAACGCUCACCCGAUAUGUCUUUUCACAAUGUCAAACUAGGGUCCAUAGACACACCACAAGAUACGGCAGCGGCUAGGGCAGGCCAUGUAGAGCUAUUUUAGCUGAAGGAGGCCCUUGUCAUUAGUAGGCGAACACUGAUCCAUGAGUACUUAUUCUCCUCUAGGCAAUGUGGUAGUCAUGCAACCCCUGAGUCAGCUGUAAGUGUAACCUCCGUUCAUUCGGGUUGUCUUUCUAUGUUUUCAAGAUUCUUUCAAGUCGAGGACAUUAAAAAUGUUUUGAGCAGCCGUUACACGCAUGAUUCCUUCCAAUAUAUGUUCAAUAUAUAUUGCUCACAACUACCGGCAUGCAGGUCUUAUAGCCAAGAUCAAUCACCGUAACAGGUGCAUCACCUGGCAAAUCAAAUGCAAGCUAGCUCUUAGAGUGCUUCAAAGGUAAUAUGAAGGGAAAUAAAGCCAUUGUAAUAACUGAAAAUCGGAGGGUUUUCAAAGCGAAGAGUUUUCACACCCUUGCUUUGCCAACAGAGAUGUGAAGACCUCAGCUCUUACGCAUAUUCUCAUUGUUGAAGAAUAGGAGUUUCAAGCUAAAAGAAAAGUCGAGUAGAAAGCUCCAUCCCAGGCUAUUACACUUGCUAUAAGCAAUGUAAAGACUGGAUGAGUUGAGCUGUCCUUGCCCUAAAGAACACCACACAACUGAGCCCAGUUAAGAUAUAAUAUUAAGGUCCUAGGUAUAUUUAUGUCGUGGUCAGGUCAGACUAUAAUUCAAUCUCCCUUUCGCAUAUAAUUUUUCCAGGAUUGCUUGCUGAGUCUCGAUGAUUAGUAAAUGAAACAAUUUAGAAUCCAGCAUUUUGGUCUGUUGUGGGUUGGAAACGCAGGCCUGACAGCGCUCACUUUCAUCUAGCGAGAAGUCGUCGAGGUAUGCUCUUCGAUGUGGUAGUCAUUAUUCCUAGGUACUGCAAGGCAGUCCCACCGGUAGACUAGGAUAUAGUGAAAUGCUAUAUAUAUUGUUCAUUGCACAUUCAUACUUGUGAGUUGUUGAUGAUACCAGGGCCUCAGCUGAAGCUUAGUCCCAGACUUUCUGCUAUAAAGUUUUUGGGGCUCAAACUUGAUCACAUGAUAUGAUUUAUUGUGUUACAUAAUCUACAGGAAUUAAAUUUCUGGAGCUUUUUUGAGCUUCAGAAAAGCAGCAAAAGAGUGACUGGAGAAACGAGAGAAGCAAAGAGAAAAACAAGGGGUGCAGAGAGAUAGAGCUGUUGAGAUAAUGAAUAUGGCAUCAAGAAGUGCGUGGCGAGGACUGCAUUGGAGUGCAAAGAGACGGCCGCUGGUGCCUCAAACCCCUUACAGGUGUUUCUCCUGCUCUGCUCGACUGCAGAACCCAGGGCAGCAACCUGAUGAGCGUAAGACUCAUUUUGGCUUCGAGACGGUGCGGGAGUCUGAGAAGGAAUCUAGAGUUGGUGCCGUUUUCAGCUCAGUAGCUCGCUCCUACGACACGAUGAAUGACUUCAUGUCACUCGGCAUUCACAGAUUGUGGAAGGACUAUUUUGUACGAUCGUUAAAUCCUGGCCGUCAGUACGCGCGUGAAGGCCCCGGCAAAAGUGGCAGCAGUGAGGUCGAACACCAAGGGUGGAAUAUACUUGACGUUGCUGGUGGGACGGGAGACAUUGCAUUUCGCAUGCUGGACCAUGCCACAAACAUCAAGCAUGAUCAGUAUACUCGGGUUACGGUUGCUGAUAUUAACCCAGACAUGCUAACAGAGGGGAAAAAGCGGAGUCUUGACACGCCAUAUUAUAACUCCGAUAGGCUGUCGUUCAUGCAAGGCAAUGCAGAGUCAAUGCCAUCCAUCCCAUCCAACUCAGUCGACCUCUACACUGUUGCGUUUGGCAUCCGUAACUUUACCAACAAGCAGGCUGCGUUGGAGGAGGCCUACCGCAUUCUCAAGCCUGGCGGAGUCUUUGCAUGUCUCGAGUUCAGCAAGGUGACCGUCGGCGCUUUCGAUAAAGUAUACAAGCGGUGGAGCUUUGGUGCUAUUCCACUUAUUGGACAGCUUGUGGCCGGAGACCGUGCCAGCUACCAGUAUCUCGUUGAGAGCAUCGAAAGGUUCCCCAGCCAGGAGGAGUUUCGCGGCAUGAUCCGCAAAGCCGGCUUCCUUACUCCAGGCGAUGGCUACGAGAAUUUGUCAUUGGGCAUUGCAGCAAUUCAUAAAGGAGUCAAACCCUUGAAGUGAUACUCCUCCCGCUGCUGCCGCCUACCCUCCUCUAGACCACCGACGGCAGACUUCCGUUCGGUGAAUAGUCAGCAACUCUUUGCUUUUUUGUUCUCGUUCAUGCCGGACAGACAGGCAUGAAGACGACGCUCGCAUUUGUACUACUAUGCCAUGUAAUUUUCUGAUUUUCAUCAAAAAUAUCGAUAAUCUCGCUGAAGCAUUGACCUGCACAUAGUUGCAUCCAACAUUCCAUGUGGUGGUCAGAAGUUGCUUUUUCUUUUCUCACUAUCAACAGAUGAUUCCAUCAUUGAUUCCAUCCCACUGGCGCCUCUCGCACA